AUGUCUUCAUCUUCCCCUCCCAAAGUUAGUCGUUUUUCUGGCGUUUAUUCGCCAGAAAAUAUGAAGGAAAUGAGCUUGAAAUACAAAGAAAUAAUAUCAACCCUACCUAAAUUAGAUCCCCCUCAUCCUACUUAUGAAAUAUCCCAAUACCAAGGUUUCUGGCUCCCUUAUCCAGUCAUAGAAACAAUUUUAUCUAUGUCUGAAUAUUUCAAGGCUCAACCAUCUGAUAUCUACCUUUGUAGUUUCCCAAAAACAGGAACUACGUGGCUUAAAGCCUUGACGUUUGCAAUUAUGACCAGAGAUAAUUUUGAUGAUUCAACAAACCCUUUACUUACCAAAGUACCCCAUGAUUGUGUACCAUUUUUGGAAAUUGAAUAUCCCUCCGAUCCUACUUCUCUAGACAUUGAGUUGCCAUUAUUGGCCACACAUAUUCCUUAUACUUGCCUACCACCAUCUAUAAUAGAGUCUAAUUGCAAGAUUAUUUACAUAUGUAGGGAACCAAAAGACACCUUUGUAUCUUGGUGGCAUUAUGGUAAAAAGCAAAGUGAAACAUUUGGCCUAGAGUGUACCAUUACACUUGAACAAGAAUUCAAUUGGUUUCAUGAUGGAAAAUCCAUCUAUGGACCUUAUUGGGACCAUGUUUUGGAAUUCCUUAAAGCUAGUGAAAAUAGAUCGGAGAGUGUGUUUUUCUUAACGUACGAGGAUUUGAAGAGUGACACGAUAUGCUAUGUGAAGAAAUUGGCAGAGUUCAUGGGGAAGCCAUUCUCCGAGGAGGAAGUGAAUCGAGAUGUGAUUGAAAAAAUAGUGGAACGUUGUAAUAUCAAAAGUUUGAGCAAUUUAGAGGUUAAUAAGAGCGGGUUUUUUGACGUAAAGCCUUGGAAAAUUAGUAAUAGUUCCUAUUUUCGUAAAGGAGAAGUUGGAGAUUGGAAGAAUCUUUUAACUAAGGAUAUGGCAAAAUCAAUUGAUCAUAUAACACACGAAAAGUUUCAUCCCUUGGGCUUGAAAUUCCCUAGUGACAACAAUACAAAGGAUUAA